GUCUAUGGUUGGCGUCGGCGUCGCCGCUCUCGCCAUUUUAACUGAGGGCGGGCUGCCGGUUGCUGAGCUGUCGUUACUGGCGCGGGCGUGGCUUGGCGCUGAAACCGGCCUGAAACCUGGGAAGAGAAGGGAAGCUUUUGAGAAACAUUAGGAUCCUAUGGCAACUUACUUGGAAUUUAUCCAGCAAAAUGAAGAGCGUGAUGGAGUACGUUUCAGCUGGAACAUAUGGCCAUCCAGCAGGUUGGAGGCCACAAGAAUGGUUGUCCCAUUGGCCUGCCUUCUGACUCCCUUGAAAGAACGACUGGAUCUUCCACCUGUCCAGUAUGAGCCAGUGUUAUGUAGUAGACCAACUUGCAAAACUGUCCUCAAUCCACUUUGCCAAGUUGAUUAUCGAGCCAAGCUUUGGGCCUGCAACUUCUGCUUUCAGCGAAACCAGUUUCCACCAGCAUAUGCAGGCAUAUCUGAAGUGAAUCAACCAGCAGAGCUUAUGCCACAGUUUUCCACGAUUGAAUAUAUUGUCCAGCGUGGUCCUCAGACACCCCUGAUUUUCCUUUAUGUGGUGGACACAUGUUUGGAGGAAGAAGACUUGCAGGCCUUGAAGGAGUCUCUGCAGAUGUCUCUGAGUUUGCUGCCUCCUGAUGCUCUUGUAGGAUUGAUUACCUUUGGCCGAAUGGUCCAGGUUCAUGAACUGAGUUGUGAAGGAAUUUCCAAAAGUUACGUUUUCAGGGGCACUAAGGAUCUAACUGCAAAACAAAUACAGGAUAUGUUGGGCCUUACAAGGCCUGCUGCACCUCAACAAGGAAGACCUCACCAGCCUCAAGAACAGCCUUCCAUUUCAAGCAGGUUUCUACAGCCUGUUCACAAAAUUGACAUGAAUCUGACUGAUCUCCUGGGGGAACUCCAAAGAGACCCAUGGCCUGUCACUCAAGGAAAGAGACCCUUGCGAUCCACUGGAGUAGCUUUGUCAAUUGCUGUUGGGUUAUUGGAGGGAACAUUUCCAAACACUGGGGCCAGAAUAAUGUUGUUCACAGGAGGUCCACCAACUCAAGGGCCAGGCAUGGUGGUAGGAGAUGAACUAAAAACUCCAAUCCGUUCUUGGCAUGAUAUAGAGAAGGACAAUGCACGGUUCAUGAAGAAAGCUAUGAAGCAUUAUGAGACCUUGGCUAAUCGUACAGCUGCCAAUGGACACUGUAUUGAUAUUUAUGCCUGUGCUCUUGAUCAGACUGGUCUGCUGGAGAUGAAAUGUUGCGCAAAUCUAACUGGGGGUCACAUGGUGAUGGGGGACUCCUUCAACACUUCUCUUUUCAAGCAGACUUUUCAGAGAGUGUUCAGUAAAGAUCACAGCGGGGAAUUCCGAAUGGCUUUUGGUGCCACUUUAGAAGUGAAGACUUCCAGAGAGCUGAAGAUUGCUGGAGCUAUUGGACCAUGUGUAUCCCUGAAUGCCAAAGGGCCAUGUGUUUCUGAAAAUGAACUUGGAAUUGGUGGCACAUGUCAGUGGAAAGUCUGUAGUCUUGAUCCCACCAUGACUCUUGCCAUUUAUUUUGAAGUCGUAAAUCAGCACAAUGCACCAAUACCUCAGGGUGGCAGAGGAGCUGUCCAGUUUGUUACACAUUAUCAGCAUUCCAGUACACAGAGACGUAUUCGUGUUACUACAGUUGCUAGAAACUGGGCAGAUGCCCAGAGUCAGCUGCAACACAUAGAAGCUGCAUUUGACCAAGAAGCAGCUGCUGUCCUGAUGGCCCGACUGGGUGUCUACAGAGCUGAAUCAGAAGAGGGGCCAGAUGUCUUGCGAUGGCUGGAUAGGCAGCUAAUCAGAUUAUGUCAGAAGUUUGGACAGUACAACAAGGAUGAUCCAAAUUCUUUUAGAUUGUCUGAUUCAUUUUCCCUGUAUCCUCAGUUCAUGUUCCAUCUACGUCGAUCUCCAUUCCUCCAAGUAUUCAAUAACAGUCCAGAUGAAUCUUCGUAUUACCGCCAUCACUUUGCAAGACAGGACCUGACCCAGUCUCUCAUCAUGAUUCAGCCUAUACUUUAUUCCUAUUCAUUCUAUGGGCCACCUGAGCCUGUACUUUUGGAUAGCAGCAGCAUUCUUCCUGACAGGAUACUACUGAUGGAUACCUUUUUCCAGAUUGUUAUCUACCUUGGUGAGACUAUUGCACAGUGGCGUAAAGCUGGCUAUCAAGAUAUGCCUGAGUAUGAAAACUUCAAGCAUUUACUACAGGCUCCACUGGAUGAUGCUCAAGAAAUUUUGCAGACCAGAUUUCCAAUGCCACGUUAUAUUAACACAGAGCAUGGGGGCAGUCAGGCACGGUUUCUCUUGUCUAAAGUGAAUCCUUCCCAGACUCAUAAUAACCUUUAUGCAUGGGGACAGGAAUCUGGUGCCCCAAUCCUAACAGAUGAUGUUAGUUUGCAAGUAUUCAUGGACCACCUGAAGAAGCUGGCUGUGUCAAGUGCAUCAUAAUUUUGAUCUACUAAGAAAUUCUCAAAUGAGUGAACUAACUGAAUCAUCCUACUGCCAAUAAUCAGUUUGCCAAAAACUAAUAAAAUUUCUUCCCCGUUUUAAAAUAGAUUUCUAAUGAUUUCAUAUAACAAAUACGUAAGGGCAAUUUUGCAUUUUAGAUUUAACUUAUUGACAUUCCUUUUCUGUGUUUUUCCAGUUCUGUGUUUUCAUUCAUGCAAUCAUUCCAUUGUGAUUUAUAGAUUGUCCCAUGCAGGGUUUUUUUCUGUACUUGUACUUAAGUGAAAUAAAAAUUGAGGAGGGUAUUAAAGCUUGGUGUUAUCCAACUUCUCAUUUAUGUGCUUGCGGGCAUGAGGGAAAGAGUGAAAUCUGUUUUCAUGUUACAAAUAUUGUCAGGCUUGAAUAAAUGCAGUGAGGCAAGUGGUUCAUUAAUACAAACAUAUUAAAAUGUAACUGAAUAGAAGUUAUAAACUGUUUUAUGGAAGAAAUUGCAACUACUCCAGGUUGUUGGAUUUUUUUACUUUUUAUUUUAUUUAUUUUAUUUUUGCUUUGACAACCUGCAGUAUUUUGCAAACUUUAAAUCUUUGUGCAAAUACUACAGAUAUUGGAGAAGAGGCCAGUUUCUGGAGGGAGAAAGGGGUGUCUCUUAUUCAUAACAAUGUUAAUUUAAACUUAACAAAAUACAGGUGGUUGUAGAGGAUUGAAUGUAUUGCAACAAAGGAGGUGUUUUAUAUUGAAUAAGAUCAUAGCAGUACUCUCUGCUGCAAAGAGAAACCCCACUUUGCAAACUGACUGGGACCCCCUGUACUUUAGAGUUACCAUUCACUCUGUUUAUCCUUUCACCUGAAAAUAGUAAGGAAACCCCUGUUGUCUUCAAUCAGUUGGGAUUCUGCCCUAUCUCCUGGAAAGGACAGCAGAGUGCAGAGGAAUUCCUGCUUGCAGGUGAGAGGGGGAUCCCUGUCCACUCCAUGUUCUCUGUGAUGUGGAGAAAUAGAGAGUCAACAAAACUUUUGAGAGUAUCUGUGGGAUGUUUUGGCUGCUGGCUGUGGCAUCUCAGAGUUGGCUUUAUCCACCCAUGUUAUUUGCAAUGGUUUUCCCCCAUACAUGGGCAACCUUCUCCCGAGGGAAGGCAAGGAGAAAACCUGAAAUAGAAGUGGUUGUAAUCACAGGAGCCUUUAUAACAUUAGACAUGGGGAUUCAGCCCAGCACUCAAAACUACUUCUCUAUUACUGAUCUACCUUACUAUUGACAAGACUUACUGGUAAUGGAUAUCCAGGUUUCAGCAGGAUUCUUUGCUGGCUGUAUUUGGAGAUACAGAGGGUUGAAAUGGGAACCUUCUGGAUAAAACACAUAUGACCUGUGAUUGGUUCACAGCCCUUGCCUAUCUGUGAACCAAAUUCAUGAGACACAUGUAAUAAGCCAAAAUGUUGAUGCAGGAAUAGAUUUCUAAUUCAUGUUUGUUUAAUUUUAUGGUGAUUGUUUCUUUUUUUUCAGUAUGGGGCCUUGCUCCACUUAGCCCUGGAAAACAAAUACCUGUAAUAAAAAUAUAUUUAUAUACCG